AUGUGGGAACUUGAGACUGUUGACCAAGGAAGGCAUAUUUUAAGGAUAGGUGAAAAUGCUGCUUCCAUUAAUAGUUUACUAAAAUUGAUUCUAGUACUUACUUCGCUAUUUGAAGCUAUAAUACUUCCAGUGUUGCUUUCUCUGGUAUGGAUAUCUAUUUACAAAAUUAAACAAAGAAUGAAUAGCAACGAUUUUAAAUUGUGCAUGGUGGCUACGCAUGGCUAUGUUUUAAGGCUUUCUUCCUCAGAUAUAAAAGAUUAUCCAAGGGGAGAAAACUUUGCGUUGGUUGCAAAUUCUACCACGAUACAAAAUAUUAUGCGUAAUGAUUAUGUGCAAAACACUUAUUGGGGUUUAAAUAAUACUUUGUAUGCAGUGCGUUCCAAAAUUGAUGCAGGAUCUUGUAGUUUAAGUAUAGGAGAUGGAGUUGGAGUAAUAAGUAGUAAUAAUCUGGGAAAUGAGACAGAUACGCCUACAAAUACCAGAAAAUAUACUAGUAGUUAUAGUGGUCAUACUCCUACAAUUAAAAAUGUUGGUCUAAUUUCUUAUAUGCUUAAUACGUUUUUAAGAUGGUUAUAUGAUAGUGGGUAUACACAUGAUCAAAGAUUGGAUCGUUAUUGCACAAUACUUAUGGAGUAUGUGAAAUCUAAUAAUACUAUAGAAAAAUUGGAAGAAUUGAUUUCUACCAAUGUACAAGACACUGAUAUCAAUGGAAAAUGGUUUGGAGAAAGUCUUGUUGAUAGUGUUGUAGAUAAAUUGACAUCAAUGUUAACAACAUGGAGGAACGAUAUCAAAUACAAAAGAAGCGAAAGCAGUUACAAUUUUUUUGAUCAGUUUGGUGACACCAUAUCACAAUCGUUAGCAUCAUCUAUACAAUCCAUGAUAAGCACUGUCAGUGUCGAUGUUGAUAAGAAAGAGAUAUUUACAGCUCCAGGACUUUGGAUAGAGCUUACUGCUCUAAUAUUUGCAAUAUUAUUGACCUGUUUGAUUUCAAUGACUGUCUUGACAGCUAGAAAUUCAAAAAUGUCGUUACCACUUAGUGUGCUGGAUUUUGAAAUCAUAUCCAAUGCUAUUUUUAAAGAGUAUAAUGAUGAUGGCAGCUACAAUCAAAAAAUUUCUUGGCCAUUUAAUGUGGUUUAUUUACAAGAUAAAUCAUAUCGUUUGAUUUCAACGAAUGAAUCAGCUGAUGAUUAA